AUGUGGACCGGCCCAGUUCACCAUGAAGACCUGAAGACUCUAAAACAACCACAUCAUCUGCAUAAAGCAGAGCCAGACCUUAAGGUCCUGUCCUUGAGGACCCCAGACAGGAUCAGAGACCAGGGCCAGUCCUGGUCCACCUGCACUCAGACAGCUGGACUUGGUGCUGAGGACUCGACUCUGGAGGACAGGAGGUCUGAUGUGUCUCAGGAGGACAGUUGGUCUGAUGUGUCUCUGGAGGACAGUUGGUCAGAUGUGUCUCUGGAGGACAGGAGGUCUGAUGUGUCUCAGGAGGACAGGUGGUCUGAUGUGUCUCUGGAGGACAGGUGGCCUGAUGUGUCUCUGGAGGACAGGAGGUCUGAUGUGUCUCUGGAGGACAGGUGGUCUGAUGUGUCUCUGGAGGACAGGUGGCCUGAUGUGUCUCUGGAGGACAGGUGGUCUGAUGUGUCUCUGGAGGACAGGUGGCCUGAUGCGUCUCUGGAGGACAGGUGGUCUGAUGUGUCUCUGGAGGACAGGUGGUCUGAUGUGUCUCUGGAGGACAGGUGGCCUGAUGUGUCUCUGGAGGACAGACAGUCUGAUGUGUCUCUGGAGGACAGGAGGUCUGAUGUGUCUCUGGAGGACAGGUGGUCUGAUGUGUCUCUGGAGGACAGGAGGUCUGAUGUGUCUCUGGAGGACAGGAGGUCUGAUGUGCCUCUGGAGGACAGACAGUCUGAUGUGUCUCUGGAGGACAGACGGUCUGAUGUGUCUCUGGAGGACAGACAGUCUGAUGUGUCUCUGGAGGACAGACGGUCUGAUGUGUCUCUGGAGGACAGACAGUCUGAUGUGUCUCUGGAGGACAGAUGGUCUGAUGUGUCUCUGGAGGACAGGUGGUCUGAUGUGUCUCAGGAGGACAGGUGGUCUGAUGUGUCUCAGGAGGACAGGAGGUCUGAUGUGUCUCAGGAGGACAGGUGGUCUGAUGUGUCUCAGGAGGACAGGUGGUCUGAUGUGUCUCUGGAGGACAGGUGGUCUGAUGUGUCUCAGGAGGACAGGUGGUCUGAUGUGUCUCUGGAGGACAGGUGGUCUGAUGUGUCUCUGGAGGACAGACAGUCUGAUGUGUCUCAGGAGGACAGGUGGUCUGAUGUGUCUCAGGAGGACAGGUGGUCUGAUGUGUCUCAGGAGGACAGGUGGUCUGAUGUGUCUCUGGAGGACAGUUGGUCUGAUGUGUCUCUGGAGGACAGACGGUCUGAUGUGUCUCAGGAGGACAGAUGGUCUGAUGUGUCUCUGGAGGACAGUUGGUCUGAUGUGUCUCUGGAGGACAGUUGGUCUGAUGUGUCUCAGGAGGACAGACGGUCUGAUGUGUCUCUGGAGGACAGUUGGUCUGAUGUGUCUCUGGAGGACAGUUGGUCUGAUGUGUCUCAGGAGGACAGACGGUCUGAUGUGUCUCUGGAGGACAGUUGGUCUGAUGUGUCUCUGGAGGACAGGAGGUCUGAUGUGUCUCUGGAGGACAGUUGGUCUGAUGUGUCUCUGGAGGACAUUUGGUCUGAUGUGUCUCUGGAGGACAGUUGGUCUGAUGUGUCUCUGGAGGACAGGAGGUCUGAUGUGUCUCUGGAGGACAGGAGGUCUGAUGUGUCUCUGGAGGACAGUUGGUCUGAUGUGUCUCUGGAGGACAGGAGGUCUGAUGUGUCUCUGGAGGACAGGAGGUCUGAUGUGUCUCUGGAGGACAGACGGUCUGAUGUGUCUCUGGAGGACAGUUGGUCUGAUGUGUCUCUGGAGGACAGGAGGUCUGAUGUGUCUCUGGAGGACAGGAGGUCUGAUGUGUCUCUGGAGGACAGGCGGGUCAUGAAUAUGUAAAUCAGGUUAAUUUCAGCUCGAUGCUCUGAAGCUGAGGUCAACGCUCCGGAACAAACCACCAGAGACCGCUGGAGGGACGUCUCUGUCGAGUCCGCUCCGUCCCUCCGUCCUCAUUAAAGAUUCAUGAAACCCACCUGAGGCGGGGGUCUCAGCGGGCCGACCCGCUGCCUGAGAACUGAACCGUCGUGUCGAGGUGACGGCCGCUGCGCUGAUGUGAAGCGGUACAAGAUGGUGGACGUCACAGAGGAUCUGACAGGACAAGAAGACAUCAGGACCUGACAGCUGAGUCGUCCUAGGUUAACUGUCUUCAUGUGAGUCCAGAACCUGAAGAGGGUCAAUCUGAACCGUAUUUAAGACAAGACACUCAGUGAAAAGACCAAGAUCCAGGACGUAAAACAGCUGCGCCAAGCCUCGUCCCUGAGAGACACUGUCCUUGUCAAUCAGUCACUGUGAGAGACAGGGUCUGGACAUGUCUCAGUCCAUCACAGACACACCUGGACAUGUCUCAGUCCAUCACAGGGACACAUG